CAGGCUCAGAACCGGCUGAGCCGCUUCUGCCGGCGACGCCCCUGAGCGGAAGAGGGAAGUGGAGGCGCCAGCCUGCGGGUUCCUGCUGGACUGGGGUUGCUGUAGUAAAGGUAGCACCGAGGGGAGGCCUUUGCCACCGGUGGGGUUUGGGGAUGUCGAAGAACACGGUGUCGUCGGCCCGGUUCCGGAAGGUGGACGUGGAUGAGUACGACGAGAACAAGUUCGUGGACGAGGAGGACGGGGGCGACGGCCAAGCCGGGCCCGACGAGGGCGAGGUGGACUCCUGCCUGCGACAAGGAAACAUGACAGCCGCCCUACAAGCAGCUUUGAAAAACCCCCCUAUCAACACCAAGAGUCAGGCGGUGAAGGAUCGGGCAGGCAGCAUUGUCUUGAAGGUACUCAUCUCUUUUAAAGCUAAUGAUAUUGAGAAGGCAGUUCAAUCUCUGGACAAGAAUGGUGUAGAUCUCCUAAUGAAGUAUAUUUAUAAAGGCUUUGAGAGCCCCUCUGACAAUAGCAGUGCUGUGUUAUUGCAGUGGCAUGAAAAGGCACUUGCUGCCGGAGGAGUAGGGUCCAUUGUUCGCGUCUUGACUGCGAGGAAGACCGUGUAGCCCAGCAGGAACCGGACAUCUGCCGGGCUGUGGGAGUUGCUGGUACAAAGACCAAAACAACCAAAUGCCACCGCUGCCCUGUGGGUAGCAUCUGUGUCUCAGCUUUGCCUUCUUGCUUCCCUUUUCAUAUCUGUAAAGAUAAAAACUACAUGGGUCCGUUUUCCUUUAAUGAAAAUUGAGAUAAUAUAGAGGAAAUUUUGUUUCAACAGAGGUGUUUCAUGCUCUCAGAACCAUUUCAGUGAUAUGUAUACCAGUCUGUAUAUAGUAUAAUUUACAUUCAAGUCUAAUUGUACAAUUUUUAAAUCCUAUCAGUUGGGUUUUUUUUUUUUUUUUUUAAUCUAAUACUGAGAGAUUUCAUCAGAAUUUGAGGCCAGUGUUCUAACUCAUUCCUAGCCAGGCAGUGAUUUUUAUAAAAAAAUAUAAGAGACUGGCAGCUAAUUAACAUUGCAAAACUGGACCACACUGCCCCUGUUUAAGCAAAAUAUGUUUCUGGAACAAGUGGUGGGUGAGCACCACUGCCAAGCUCCAGCUUUCUUUCCACUGGCUUCCAGAUUAUCUGUGCUGCAAGUUUAAGUAUGUUUCUUCUUCUUAAAAAAAAAAGCAUCCAUUAAUCUUGGCUUCUCAGAUUCUUUGUGGUCAUCCAGGGUCCAGAGCAAGGAGUCUUGAGCUAUACAAAUGAAUCUGUAAGAUAGAUUUUGGUCCAAUAAUACUGUCCUAUUUGAGGGAACCAUAAUCCAAAUCAGAAAGAAUGCAGAAACUAUGAUGUAAUUCAAACUCUGGGCAGCCUCUGAGUAAAAUGGUGUUUUCCAUAGAAAUAUAGUGGCUGCCUUCAUUAUAAGGGUAUAAAACUGGUACCUAAUAUGCCCUGCAAAUGUUUUCAGUGUUCUUCAGGGUAAUUGGGAUCUCAAAAGAUUUGGUUCAGGUCCAAACAAAUAUACAUUCCACGUUUUAUCUCAGUGUUUUUUAAAAAAAGAAAAUUGCCACACAGCGAGAAGUGUUUACUUUGUUGGACAAACCAAAUCGGUUCUCAAAAAAAAUGACCGGUGCUUAUAAAAAACUAGUCUUUAGUAGCUCCAAAACAAAUCAGCACAUGCACGUGACCAGGAGGGAAAUCAGCCUGUGUCUAGUAUUUAUGUGGGCACCGGUUUCAUAAUUCCCAACUUAGAUGAAAACUGGUGCAGAAAUUCUAUAAACUCUUUGCUGUUUUUGAUACUGCUUUUGUUGUUUUGUUUUGUAAAAAUGAUAAAAGUUCAGAAAAUAAAAUGUCAGUGUUGAA